CCUUGCCAGCAACGCCAACCACCACACAACUUCUUCACCCUCUCUCUCUCUCUCUCUCUCUCUCUCUCCUAAUCAGUAUCUCUCUCUUUUAAUCUCAAGUGAUCAGAACAUAACUGUGCAUUAAUAAUUUGAUCAGCAGCAGAAACAUGGCUCUGGUUCACCCUUUAGUCUCACACACCUUUCCCUCUUCUUCCACUGCUUCAAAACCAUUAACAUCAACAACAGCCAAAUCAAACCCACCUCUCAAACCAUUUCCAUUAAUAUUCACAAAUAAAAAGAGCCACAAAAUUAGUUUUAAUGCAGUCACUGAUGAUAUCAAACACAAGGCUGCUGCACCUCCUCCACUUGAUCAUGAUCUGAAAGAAGAGGAACAAGAUCACAGGGUUCUAGUGAGUCCUUCCGGUGAAGAAGAGCACAGAGGUGAAAGGGUCGUGGCUGAAUAUGAUUGGACAGAAGAAUGGUACCCUCUGUAUCUAACCCAGGACCUGCCAGAAGAUGCACCUUUAGGCCUUACUGUGUUUGAUAAGCAGCUCGUUUUGUAUCGUGAUGGCUCUGGCCUGCUUCGCUGUUACGAGGAUCGUUGCUGUCACAGGCUUGCAAAACUAUCAGAAGGCCAGUUGAUUGAUGGAAGACUGGAGUGUUUAUAUCAUGGUUGGCAAUUCCAAGGCCAAGGAAAAUGUGUAAAGAUUCCACAGCUCCCAUCUGGUGCUAAAAUUCCUAAAGCAGCUUGUGUUAAAGCAUAUGAGGUGAGGGACUCUCAAGGUGUUGUUUGGGUUUGGAUGUCUCACAAAAAACCACCCGAACCCAACAAGCUACCUUGGUUUGAAAACUUUGACAGGCCUGGCUUUGAUUAUUCUUCAACAAUCCAUGAUCUCCCUUAUGAACACUCUAUUCUUCUGGAGAAUCUCAUGGAUCCUGCCCACAUUCCAAUCUCACACGACAGGACGGGUUUUACUGCGAAAAGAGAAAAUGCACAGCCGCUGAGAUUCGAGGUGACUGAGAGGACUGAUAGAGGUUUUGCAGGCUAUUGGGGUGAGGCAAAAGACCAAUCCUUGCCUUACUUCUUAAGGUUUGAAGCACCUGGUGUUAUUGAAAACACAAGGGAACUUGUAGACAAGAAUGGUGAGAAGCACUACUCUGUUGGUCUCUUCCUCUGUAGACCAACAGGACAGGGAAAAUCGAUGGCCAUUAUGAGGUUUGGAGCCACCAAGCAAUCCCCUUUGGCUAAAUUGUUCCCAGAUUGGUACUUCCAUCACAUUUCAUGUACAGUUUUUGAGCAAGAUAUGGGAUUUCUCUCAUCUCAAAAUGAGAUACUUUUGAAAGAAAAAUCUCCCACAAAAAAUCUGUACCUUAAUUUGAAAUCAUCUGAUGUAUGGGUAGCUGAGUAUAGGAAAUGGGUGGACAGAGUAGGGCAUGGCAUGCCUUAUCAUGUUGGGCACAGCACUAUAUCAUUGCCCAAUGAGCCAGCCAUGGUAGAACAUGCGCCAGCAGGACUUGUUGCUAGUGUUUCAGCAUCUCAACCAGCUAAGGGAGGCAUUGGAAGCCUGCAUGUUCCGAAUUGGACCAACCGGUAUUUCAGGCAUGUGAUUCAUUGCAAAGGGUGCAGAGAUGUUGUGAAGAGUUUUGAAGCCUGGAAAAUUGGUCUUUCUGGUAUUGCUCUUGGGCUGAUCUCAGUGGCUAUUUUAGUGGCUGGGAGGCAGUGGAAAGCCAUUUUGCUGGUGUCAGCGGCUGUGUUCUCAGCUGGAGCUUAUGCAUGCUCAGCUGCUGUUGCAUUGAAUACAACAAACUUCAUAAGAACACACAGGAGAUUGUGAUUUUUGAGUCAUAAUCCAUCAUCAUGUAGAAAUAUUUCCAAGCCAAGUAAACAUGAUUGUGUAUGUAUUGGUAUUUUGUAUUCCACCAUAACAAAAGAAGGAAAUUGAAAAGGUGAGGUGGGUUUUUACCAAAUUCAACAAAAUGAGAAGGUGUUCAAGAAAAAUCCAGCCUUUUUCUAUUCA